AUGUUGGCUUCCGCUAUCCAAUUGCCUCUCCCGCUACCGCAGGUCCCGUCGCCAUACAAUCACCGCUUCUUACCUCCCACGUAUGAUUUACAAGAUCUUGUUCAUGACAUCAAGUCCUACCUAGGAGAUACCUCGGGUAUCGAUUCAGCAGACGUAGACCAUGAGCACUUGAUAGCCCUGGCGCAGAAAUAUGUCUCAAAUCCAAAUGAUUGGCUGCGGUUCUUCUACAACGACCCGAGUAAGAACUAUACCCGCAAUGCUAUCGAAAACAUCAACCACAAGGCAAACAUUCUGCUGCUUGUAUGGAACCCAGGCAAAGGCUCGCCCAUCCACGACCAUGCCAAUGCCCAUUGCAUCAUGAAGGUCUUGGCUGGCGAAUUGACUGAAACGGUCUACCAUCCUCCCAACAGCGAAGGCGACGAGGCAAACCCGCUCCAGCUCAAACACCAAAAACGAUACCAGACGGACCAAGUGACAUAUAUCUCGGACGAUAUUGGUCUCCAUCGGGUCCAUAACCCAAGUUCUAAUCAAGUUGCCGUUUCCCUUCACAUCUACACCCCUCCCAAUGCUGCCGACUAUGGCUAUCACAUCUUCGAUGGGGCUACAGGAAAGGCCAGUUUUGUAUCGCAAGCACAUUCCCAUUCGAAUGCUGAGAAACCGGCUUGUCAGGCGUGA